UUAUUAUUAUUACUAUCAUCGUACAUACGCGCACGCGUGAGCAUUGCCAUACAGCGCGCUAGAAUACUUAGUAUUCUCGAAAACGCACGCACACGCUUUCACAUUUUUAAUUUUUAUUUGUUUUUCAAACCAUAAGAAAAAUGCCGCUGGCCGAUUUGUUGUCAACUUUGGGAGACAAUCCGUAUUUCGGCGCAGGUUUCGGAUUGUUCGGACUCGGUUUGGGGGCGGCUGUGUUGCGCAAAGGCGCGUCCGCCGGUCUGGUGUUGUUCCGUCGCAAUUUCAUGAUGACUCUGGAAGUGCCGUGCCGCGACAAGAGUUAUCAAUGGGUGCUGUUGUGGGUCACCCAAAAAGCGGCCCGGCGCACUCAACACCUGAGCGUGGAAACUACGUUUGAACAAAUGGACACGGGACGCGUGAACACAACGUAUCAUUUUUUGCCAAGCAUUGGCGUCCAUUUGAUUAAGUAUCGUGAAAAAUAUAUUCAAGUUACUCGAACCAGAGAGCAACAAUCAUUAGAUUUACAUGCUGGUGUUCCAUGGGAAAAUGUUGUGCUUACAGCAUUUGGCACAAAUAAAUCAUUAUUUACAGAUAUACUUGAAGAAGCUCGUCAAAUGGCUUUAAAAGCAAUGGAAGGCCGCACAAUAGUUUAUACUGCAUUGGGGUCAGAAUGGCGUCCAUUUGGUCAUCCACAAAAACCUAGACCACUGUCAUCAGUAGUAUUAGAUGAUAAUGUUUCUGAAAGAAUAUUGAAAGAUGUACAGAAAUUUAUUUGUAAGCCAUAUUGGUAUAUUGAACGUGGAAUACCUUAUAGACGAGGAUAUUUGUUGCACGGUCCACCUGGCUGUGGAAAAACAUCUUUCAUAAAAGCUUUAGCUGGAGAAUUACAGUAUGGUGUAUGCUUGUUAAAUUUAAGUGAGCGAGGUCUAACUGAUGAUAGAUUAAAUUAUUUAAUGUCUGCUGCUCCACAAAGUACAAUUAUAUUGUUAGAAGAUGUAGAUGCAGCUUUUGGUGGAAGACAUGAAUCAAAACAAGUUUCUGCUGCCUAUGAUGGACUGAGUCGUGUAACAUUAAGUGGAUUAUUAAAUGCUCUUGAUGGAGCUGCUUCAUCUGAAGCAAGAAUAUUAUUUAUGACAACUAAUUACAUUGAUAGAUUGGAUGCUGCAUUAAUUAGACCUGGCAGAGUAGAUGUUAAGGAGUAUAUUGGUCACUGUUCACAAUCUCAAAUUGAACGAAUGUACAAAAGAUUUUUCCUAGAAAACAAUGACAAUGAACAACAGGCAACAGAGUUUGCAGAAACUGUUAUCAAAACUGGAAAACCUGUUAGUGCAGCUCAAAUACAAGGGUAUUUUAUGUUGGUCGAAGACUGCUCACACAAUGACAUAGUUAAAAAUCAUCAAAGUAUUUGGGAAUCUUAAUUAAUGAAAAUAUUGUUUUCAAUAUUGUAAUUUUUGUUAUUGAUGUUACUUUAACAUGUAUAGUUAAAUAAAAAAAAUGUUUUAAAAUAUUAGUCAUGAUUAAUUAUUAUUAAGUGAUAAGUAUUCUUACCAUUGUAUCGAUAGCUAAAUAUAUAUUACAUUUUUUUUUUUUUACAUGUGAUGUAUUAACUUUAAAAUUGAGAAAACUAGUUUUUUUUUAAAUCUUUAUUGAAAUUAUACUCGUAAAUGCUCAAAGUUUCAUACUUUAUCCUGUUUAAUUUAGAAUUA